AUGUUCUUUAGAAUCUCUCCUUCUGUAAGCACACCUCCAAGACAACCCUCUUCUUCUUCAUCGAGUAAUAAUAACCAUCAACCCACGACAACAGCUCAUUCGAAUUCAUUGAGAUCGAAACAAAUCCAAGAGCAACAUGCCAUGAUUGCAUCCAAUAUCAUUUCUGGUGGUGUGACUUCUGGAAGUAAUGUCAUGUCUGACAUUUACUCUCCACAAACUUCUCCUUUUGAACUGUCAUCAUCCUCUUCUUCCCCUCCAACUUGCUCUCCUACUUUGUAUAUCAAUAGACAAGAAGAUUCAGCACAACUAAGAAGAAGAAGAGAUACAGAUGCAUUGACAUCCAUGGAGAAUACUACUCCUCAAGGAAGUGACAAGGGCACUGCAUUGUCCUUAUCCUUCUCCAAUGUGUCCAUGGCUGUUGUCAAUAAUCAACAAUCCAAGAAAAGGAAAAUGGAUAUCUCAACAGAUGAUUCUUCUACAAUCCAAAACCAACUCGAUUCCAAUGCAGAAUUUGAACUGGACACAAGUUUUGAAAUGAAAAUGUCAAAGGUGCUUGGCUCGUUUGACGAUCAAAUGGACAUUUCACCCACCACACCCAAGCAUGAAAAAUCUCUCAAGAACUUUAAGGAUGACUAUAAGGGACCACGAUUUGACUCUACGAAUCGCACCAUUGCCAAAUACGGAGAGGAUAAUCGAGUAUUCAUUGUAGGACUAUUAGGUUAUGAUUUUAGUGAGAAUGACCUUGAAGUAACACCUACCAAUGACACGAAUGGAAAUUUACAACGUUUGAAACAAAUGUUUGCCAAUUUAUUCAAUAAUCAAAUUGCUCCAUUGUGGACUUCCAACGCACCACCAACAUCCAGCACUGCUACUACUACUACUAUCAACACAACUACAGGCACCACCUCUACUUUAAGUACAAACUCAACAACCAACCAAAUGGUACAUCACAACAAUCAUCAUGACGAUCAUGCCACCAUUCAUGGAGAUCCAGCCAAAGAAUGUGCCAUCAUUUCUCGAUGGAGAGAAGUUCCACAAUUGAGAAACACUAGGAUUAAGCAACUCAGUUGUGGUGGCUAUCAUGUCUUGAUUUUAACGGACAAUCAUGAAGUGUAUGGUUCAGGAUGGAACAAGUAUGGUCAGUGUUCAACUCGCAAGUUUGGAUCCAGUAGUAAGGUAUUCAAAACGAGAAAUGAGAGAGGUGAAAUUGAAUAUUGUGAAGUUCAGCCCUUCCACAAAAUUGAAUUUCCAGAAAAAAUUGUUUCGCUCAAUGCCAGUGGUCGACACUCACUCUUCAUUAGUGAAACUGGAAGAGUGUAUGGUAGUGGAUGUAAUUUACAUGGACGUAUGGGAUCAGAAUUCAUUGAUAUUCCUCAGAUACAACAACACAAUAGUUCCAACCCUGAAGAGAUGAGUCUUCAUGGAGGCUCUCAUUCAGGAUCCUCAACAACCUUCGAGUCAGAAAAUGCUUCAGGAAUAUUCUCUCCAAAACUUCUUGGCGGUAUCUAA